AUCGUUAUUUGCAACGUUCCCCCAUUUUGCAGCAGUCGGGGCCGCACACACAUUUGAGGAACUGCUCCUGUUGUUGUUGUUGUUUUUUCCCCAGGAUGAUUCUGUACAUUAUUACACUCGUGUUGGGAAGUUUGCUCAUCAUUCCCUUCACAGUCAAAACUUUUUGUCCCCAUGUGUGGAUGGAUCUUCAGUACUGUGGCUUAAUGCUGCGCAUUUUGGUGAGGUUUGUGUCCAGGCGGGGGAGGAGACCUCACUUCUUCGUCGUGGACCGUUUCUUGGAGCAGAGCGUGGCGCAUCCACAUAAACCCUUCGUCGUGUUCGAAAACGAAACGUUCACGUUCUCUGACGCGGACGCGCGGAGCAACAAAGUGGCCAACGCGCUGCGGACGCACCCCGGCUACAGGGCGGGAGACACCGUGGCACUUUUCAUGGGGAACGAGCCCGCCCUCUUGUUUACCUGGCUGGCUUUGGCGAAGUUAGGUUCGCCCGUGGCUCUGCUCAAUCACAACAUCCGCUCCAGGUCUCUGCUGCACUGCUUCAGCUGCUGCAAGGCGCAGCUGUUGAUCGCAGGCCCAGAGUUGAAGGACGCAGUGGAGGACGUGCUGCCCGCUCUGACGGAACAGGGCGUCACCGUGCUCCUCGCGACCAAACAAUGCGACACACCUGGAAUCCAGAGCUUCGCCGACAAAGUGGACGAGGCGCUUGACGCGCCGCUCCCUCGAUCCGUCAGGUCACACGUGACCUUCAAAAGCCCCGCGGUGUACAUUUACACCUCUGGAACGACAGGUCUCCCUAAAGCAGCCUUGGUCAAUCAGAACCGCCUCCUCACAGCUCUGGCCAUCUUGUCGUCCAACGGUGUCUCGCUCGAUGACGUCAUCUACGUCAACCUGCCUCUGUACCACACGGCUGGAUUCUUGAUCGGCCUCAUUGGCUCCAUAGAGACCGGAUCCACCAUCAUUCUGAAGAGGAAGUUUUCUGCCUCUCAGUUUUGGGACGACUGCAGGAAACACAACGUGACUGUUGUGCAGUACAUUGGGGAGGUGAUGCGUUACCUGUGCAGCACACCAAAGCGAGAUAACGACAAGGACCACAAAGUGAGAGUGGCCAUCGGCAAUGGGAUCAGAGCCGACAUAUGGAGAGAGUUUCUCAGUCGCUUUGGCGACAUCAAAGUCCAAGAGUUCUACGCCUCCACCGAGGGAAACGUGGGAUUCCUCAACUAUGCGGGAAAAAUCGGCGCCAUCGGGCGAGUCAACUUCUUUCACCGGAUGCUGUUUCCUUACACUCUCAUUAAGUACGACACAGAACGAGACGAACCGGUCCGAGAUGCUAACGGCCUCUGUGUGGAAGUGCCCAAAGGGGAGACAGGGCUGCUGGUGUCGAGGAUCACCAAAGUCGCUCCCUUCGUCGGUUACGCCCACAACCGGGAACAGACGGAGCGGAAGAAACUCUGCGACGUUCUCAAGAAAGGAGACCUCUACUUCAACACUGGAGACCUGAUGCGGAUCGACGAGGACAACUUCAUCUACUUUCAGGACCGCGUGGGCGACACGUUCCGGUGGAAAGGUGAGAACGUGGCUACGACCGAGGUGUCCGACAUCCUGACGCUCAGCGGCUGCGUCAAAGAAGCGAACGUCUACGGCGUCCAAGUGCCAGGGCACGAGGGGCGCGCAGGGAUGGCGGCUGUUACGCUUACGGAAGACGCCCACUUUGAUGGAAGUAAAGUGUAUCAGCACGUGGUCACUUACCUGCCUCCAUAUGCCCGUCCUCGCUUCAUAAGGAUACAGAACGCUGUGGAGGUGACCACGACGUUCAAGCAGAUGAAGGUGAAGUUGGUGGAGGAGGGUUUUGACCCGGCACGUGUCCGGGACCCUCUUCAGUUCCUCGAUGACAAACAGAAGUGCUACACGCCGCUGACCGCUCAGACGUACUCCUCCAUCUUAUCUGGGAGCACGAAGCUAUGAGCGAAGGCUGAACUUUUCCAGCUCAGGGACCAAAAUCUCACCUUUAUCAAAAGCAGCAAUGUCAGAGGCCAGUGUCAGCCUGCACGGGAGGGGAAGGGAGCAUUUAAUGUUUAUUAUACACAGUAUUUAGUGGCAAGGGACAUUAUAUAAUCAGCAAAAAGAGCUUGAAAUGUAUCUAAUACUGUUCUGCUUGAAAUGUUGCUGGAUGCCGCAGAAAGACGACGCAGUUCAAUGAUACGAUUAUCUUCACAGGGAACAAACUUUAAGGGCUCUGGUGACUUUCCCUUGUGUAUUUUUUAAUGUAUAUUUAAAGGUCCAUCCAUCCAUUUUUAACCACUUAUCCGAGAUUGGGUCUUGGGGGUAGCUUUAGCUCUAACAGGGAAGCCCAGAUAUGGUCCAACUCUGAUCCCCAGGUGCUCCCGGGCGAGUGAGGAGAUAUAAUCUCUCCACCUCGUCCUUGGUCUCUCCUGAGGGCUCCUCUCGCAGUUGGACGUGCCAGGACCACCUCCCUAAAGAGGUGUUCCUCCAGUAAGUGUACCUGCAACCUUGUGCUUUUGGUCAUGACCACGAUGGACCGGCAGAUCGAGAGCUCUGCCUUGUGGCUCAUCUCACAGCGGUGCGGCAGAGCGAGCGCAUAUACCCCUCCACUGUUCCCUCACUCGUGAACAAAGCCCUGAGAUACUGAGUUAAAGCAGGUCCAGUGUUGUAAGAGUGACAGUACUGUGCUCAAGUCUCAGAGCACCAAAUUAUGUGAUUAAUAUUAUUGGCAUUUGGAAUUGGAAAGAUGUGACUGAAAGUUGGUCUCAUCUAUUAGCAAACUGUCUGUCAUGUUUAUGUGAUAUAGUUUGACUGGUAACAUUGUCGUGGGGGGGUUUCUUGAGAAAAUCAACAAAGUUUUCUGUACGUAGCACACGCACAUUUAUAAGAAUGUCAUUAUUAUUAGCCUGAUUUUCUCCAACAACAUUAACUGGGGCUCCACAGUUAUUGAGAAAUAAUUAUCCUGUAUGGUCAACAGCACAUCAAAUGCUGGCCUGAGACUCUUGCAGAGGACUGUAUUCAUUUGUGUGUGUCAGUGUAGUUGUGCAGCUACGUCCGCCAGAGUCUGUGAGAUGCACAUUUCGUCGUCCACCCAUUUCAACCAGUUUGAGUCUGCAUGGACUGUAUUUGCACACUGCGCACGCUCCCUAUGGAACCAUACUUUCCAGUCCUAGUCGGUGGUGCGGUCUAAAAACACAAGAAAUUACGCAGAACAAUGUGAACUUGUGGUGACAGAUCGCCGCCUCUGAAAUGGAAUGUGGGGUUCAUCGCGCACGUGUGGAGAUGCCGACCCACAUUUUAGUGUCUAUAGUGUUUCUGCAGAUGUGAAAUGUGUAGUAUUUAAUGGUAAGAUUGCAUAUUAUUGUCAUCCCUCCCUUUUCCAAAGCGCGUCAGGGUGGCGCUCAUUCCUUGACUAAACUUUGAGGUUUUUUUGCCUGAACUCUG